GGAACACGUGAAGCCGAGAGGAGACGUCGGACACAUAUAUGUGUUGCACCGCAACGUCCGACAGCAAAACAAAUCCGACUGGAGGUUUUUCUGAAUGAAUGAAAUCAACACGUUUUUUAAAAAAGGAGCGUCUGUUAAAAAGUCUACAUGCUAACAUGCUAACAGGCUAAUAUCCCUUAAACCUAACAGCAGCGUCUCUUGAAACAUCAACACAGGACUGACAGACCUCCGACCCGGUCUGGUUCGGUCCCAGCCGGUCCCGGAGGUAUGCAGGCGGAGUUCCGGGCUCCUCGGAGACGACCCCGGGUCUAUGAGGACUACGAGGCUCCGCUGCCGGUGACCCACAGCCCGGAGGAGAGGAGCGACUUCCGGGCGGAGCUCAUCAACCAACACGUGCUGGUCUGUCCUCAGGACCACAUCCAGAAGAUCCACAACCAGGGUUAUUUCGGUAAAGGGAUCCUGUCCAGAGCCAGACCAGACCACAGCAUCUCCAACCAAUGGGAGCAACACGAAGGUGUGAUGCUACCUGUCAUCUCCCAGUCCAGGUACGACGAGCUCCUCAAGUGGGCGGGGGCCACUCUUUCUGCUCAGGGCUUGGACGAAGACUCUGUCAAUCAAACCCUGCUCAGGAUUUCUCAGCCGGUAGACAUGGAGGACGUGAGGAGGAGGGUUGGAGGAGGGGAGAAUGGGGAGGAGCCUGGAGCAGAGGGAGGAGUCUGUCCUCUCACAAAGAGGCCAAUUGUGGGGUCAGAGGUCGAGCAGGAGACCGAGAGAAGCUGCAGGUUCAGGAGUCCAGAACCCGACCCUGACCCCAGCUCUGACUCCGACUCUGACCCCGGUUCAGUUCCUGACCCUUUGGUUCCAAGUCCAGGAUUUGUCCUCGUGUUCUCAGGCAGUGGGGAGUGUGAGGUGGUGAAGGAGGUCCGACGGUCUCCGCUGUCUCUCACAGAGUACCUGCAGCUCAGUCUGGAGGAGGCCUUCUUCCUGGUCUACAGUCUGGGCUGCCUGUCUGUCUACCUGCACCAGGAGCCCCUGUCAAUCCUCCAGCUGUGGAGGAAGUUCAGGUCCCUGCGGCCCGACUUCAUCAGCACCUACGCAGCCUAUCAGCACUUUCGAAGCAGGGGGUGGGUCCCUAAAGUAGGGGGCGGAGCCAAGUACGGCGUUGACCUCAUGUUGUACAGGAAAGGCCCGCCUUUCUACCACGCCAGUUAUUCUGUGGUGAUUGAGCGAGCCGAUGAUGAGUUCAGGGGCUCGGGGCCACGUCCGUUUUCGUGGCGCUCUCUGGCCGCUCUCAGCAGAAUCACCUCCAACGUCUCCAAGGAGCUGAUGUUUUGUUACAUCAUCUAUCCAGCCGACCUAUCAGACGCUGAGCUGGAUUCACCUGCGUGUGUGAGCAGACUGAAGGUUCAGGAAGUGAUCGUCAGCAGGUGGGUUUCCUCCAAAGAGCGGGCGGAGCAGGACGACAUCUGACUGGAGAAUUCAGAAACUGAUGAUGUCACUGGGGGGGGGGGGGGACGCACAGUAAUGAUGUCAUACAGAGGCUGGUGACAUCAGACGGUCGAACGUGAAUAAAAAUCUUUUUUCAUGGACAAAUCAGACAAAAAGGGGACGACACACAGAGACUGAAUGUGAAAGCUCAGAUGUCUGAGGGUCCUUGAACACAGCAGCUGGCUGGUUUCAGUUUCACAGUGAGGUCAAAGUUCAGGUGAUGAAGCUGUGAUGUUUACUUCUCACUUCCUGAAGCCGAGGAGGAGCGCCUUCAUGAUACACAGCCAAUAAAAGAGUCUCACACACA